GUGUGUGUGGAAAGGCAGAAGAUAUUAAACAAGAAGAAGGAGAAGAUCUGAAUAUAUGCUUAAACAGCUAAUUCCAUGGCAGCUGCUUCGUCUUCACUUGCUUCUGCACUUAAAAGACUUCAAGGAAAAGUAGCUCUUAUAACCGGAGGAGCUUGCGGGAUAGGAGAAUACUCAGCUAAACUCUUUGCCAAACAUGGAGCUAAAGUUGUAAUAGCAGACAUCCAAGAUGAUCUUGCCCAUUCAGUCGUCACUGCCAUCGGCCACUCCGAUUCGACAUUCAUCCAUUGCGACGUAUCUAAUGAGGACCACAUCAAGAAUGCAGUGGAUACAGCAAUUUCCAAAUAUGGAAAGCUAGACAUAAUGUUCAACAAUGCCGCCAUUGGCAAUCCCGAGCCCCGGAUAAUUGACAACGACAAAGCAGACUUCGAGCGUGUCAUGAGAGUUAAUGUCACAGGUGUCUUCCUAGGGAUGAAGCACGCAGCCCGCGUGAUGAUCCCGACACGUAGUGGUUCCAUCAUUACUACUGCCAGCGCCGUAUCGCGUGUUGCGGGUGCUUCCACACAUGCAUACACGUGCUCAAAACACGGGGUUGUGGGGCUUACAAAAAAUGUCGCAAUUGAGCUCGGAGAAUUCGGAAUUAGGGUGAAUUGUAUAUCGCCGUUUGGAGUUGCUACGCCGUCGGUGAUGAAAUAUAUGAGGAUUGACAAUAAACAAGCCUUAGAGGAGUUUUUUAGCUCCAAAGGAAAUCUCAAAGGGGCGAUUUUGAAUGAAGAAGAUGUAGCCAAUGCUGCACUAUUUUUGGCGAGUGACGAAGCUAAGUAUAUAAGUGGAGAAAAUUUAUUUAUUGAUGGGGGUUUUACCAAUUGCAAUGCUUCAAUGCAAAUUUUCGAACACGGGGAGUUUUGAUAUUAUUUUUUGUUUUUCUAUUUUAUAAACUCAAAGGUACAUAUAGUUGCAUUUGUAAUUUCUUUCGUCUCUCUUCAUUUUAUGAAUAUUGCAUGCAUAUUUGAUCAAGUUAAGGUUUUAUUUUAGUUGAAUAUCACACUAGAGCUAGGUUU